AUGUAUGACCCUUCCGCUCGUGUAUACCCACCUGAUUGGAUGUCUCACAUCCCGUAUAGGGCCUCGACAGUGACCGGCCGUUUCAAGGCACGGCUGUGCCUGGAGCAAGACGACUCGAAAACCGCGAACCAAUGGAUCAACGAUGACAUCCGACCGCUGCCACCAGCACGACGGCAGUGGACGGCAUGGACGUACGCGGCAUUUUGGCUGUCGUGGCACGUCUCCCUGACCAAUUUCACCAUUGGGUCUUCGCUGGUGGCCCUGGGCCUGUCGGUGUGGCAAGUCAUGCUCGCCAUCAUCGCCGGGCGGCUGAUCAUCGCCGCCGUGGCCGUGGCCGUUGGCUUCAUCGGCGCCGACUGGCACAUUGGGUUUCCCGUCUACUCGCGCGCCCUGUGGGGGAUGCGGGGAUCGUACAUCCCGAUGGUGCAGCGCAUCCUGUGCGGCAUCGUCGGCAUUGCCGUGCAGUCGUACCUGGGCGGCGUCUGCGUCACCGCCGUGCUCAGCGCCAUCUUCCCGUCCUUCCACCGCAUGCCCAACACGUUGACGGCCUCGGCAAAUGUGACGACCAAGGAGCUCGUCGGCUGGUUGGUCUUCAAUCUCCUUUCCGUGCCCUUCCUCUGCGCGAGGCUGGAGCGGAAGGCCACCAUCAGGGUGUUCGUGGCGUUGAAUGCGUACUCGUUCUUCACGCUGCUUGGAAUCAUGAUUUGGGCCGUCGUCCGCGCCGGCGGCGGCGGCCAGCUCCUGUCCCAGGGGCCGCUUCCCAACAGCAACAUCGGCUGGGGCAUCUGCAAAGCCAUCACCACGGUGAUAGGAUCCAUCGCAGUAGGACUGAUGAGCCAGCCAGACUUCACUCGGUUCGCCCGCACACCGGGGGCACAGGUGACGGGGCAGUGGACUUCGAUCCUGCUGUUCGGCACGCUGAUGCCGCUGCUCGGCUGCGUGACAGCAUCAGCAACGCAGGCCAUCUACGGGCAGCCAGUGUGGAACCCGACCGAGAUGGCGCUGCGCUGGCUCGAGGCAGACUACAGCGCAACGUCGCGGGCCGGUGCUUUCUUCGCCGGCGUCGGGCUGAUGGCGUGCCAGCUGGUCGUCAACACGUUCGAAAACGGCUUCAGCGCCGGCAUGGACCUCGCCGGGCUCGCGCCCCGCUUCAUCAACAUCCGCCGCGGCGCCCUGCUCGCCCUCACGCUCGCGGCAGCCGCGUGCCCGUGGCAGCUGCUCACCAGCGCCUCCGUCUUCCUCAACGUCGUCUCUUCGUACACCAUCAUCGUCGGGCCCAUCCUCGGCAUCCAGAUCUGCGACUACUGGGUCCUGCGCCGCCGCCGCGUCCAGCUGUCCGCGCUGUACGACCCUGCGCCCGGGGCCGCCUACCACUACUGGCACGGCUUCAACUGGCGCACCAUCAUCGCCUGGGUCGUGUCAUGGGCUCCCCAGCUGCCGGGCUUCGUCAGCGCCAUCGACCCGAGCGUCAGCGUUCCGUUUGGUGCGGCAAAGCUUUUCGAUCUCUCUUUCCUCUUUGGCGGUGCCGCCGGGUUCCUGAUCUACCUUGGCAUCAACCUGCUCUUUCCCCCCGCCAACCUCGGCGUGGUCGACGACGGCGAUGUGUUUGAGAUUUUCUCCGACGAUGAGGCUGUAGUACGCGGGGUCGAGGUCGAAGUCGCCGACAAGUUGCCGGCCGAAAGCAGGGAGCUUGCGGGGAAAUUUGCCGAGGUGUAG